AUGUUCAAGAAGCGAAGUCGCCCACAAAAUCAUGUUCGAGAAUUCACGAAAGAACUUGCAACAACUGUAGAUCUCACCGAACAAGAGGAGCAGGAAGAAGAGGAACAGGAAGAAGAGAAGCUUCCGUUGGCAGACCUCCUCGAACUGCGAAAGCUGAAGAAGCUACGACAAGGAAUUGAUGCUGUCAAGUUGAGCAAAGGAGUUACGAAGAAAAAACGCAAGCGGACCAAGGAAGAAGAAGAGGAAGAACAAGGUGGUUUGAGGAAAGGUGCUGCUGUUGAUGAAGACGAAGAGGAAGACAAAGAUGCCAAGGCAAGAAGAGUUGUUCGAGCUAAUAAUUUCACUCAACAAACCAAUGCACUCGAUGUCGACAAGCAUAUGAUGGCCUACAUAGAGGAAAACCUCAAGAUUCGCUCGAGGCCCCGAGAGGAAGGCGACAAGAGCAAACCGCUUGACCCUCAAGAAGCCUUGUAUCAAGUUCCUGACAGAUGGAAGGUUGAACAAAAGAAGGUCGCUAAUUCAGAAGAAGGAAAUGUUUCGAACAGCUUGACUAUGCUCACUGCUAUACCCGAAGUCGAUCUGGGAAUGGAUGCUCGUCUCAAAAAUAUUGAGGACACUGAGAAAGCCAAACGCGUCGUAGCUGAAGAGCGCAGUGAAAGGAAGCAGCCUCAUAAUAAUGAUGAAGCACAUCUGGUCGCUUCGCGUUUCUAUCGACCCAACUUGAAAAUGAAAUCCGAUGCGGAUCUCAUACGGGAUGCUAAACUGGAAGCAAUGCAUCUACCUACUUCAGAAGAUCAACCUCGACGGCAGGAUAAACCCCAAAUGGCUACAGACGAGAUGGUAAUGGAGCGAUUCAAGAAACGUAUGCGCAAAUGA